UUUUAUUGAUGACGAAAUAAUGAAGGCAAAGUGAUCCGCUAGGUCAAUAAUACCGUAUUGUUAUGCCAUCUAUUUUUAUUAUCCGAAAAUAAAGAUGGCGUCCAUUACUUUGUGCAUAAGAAAAGCAAGCCAGAAAUAUCUCCUCUCAAAUUAUUAUUUAUCAUCAAGGCUCCUGCUUGCAAGGACAAUAAAAACUUCUUUUCAGGACUGCAAAAAUCUUGAGCCGCAAGAGUCCUCAUCUUAUGGCCAUCUCCUUGAUGAAGCUAAAAAAGAUCAGAGCUUGGCUGUAAGGGAGAGAUUUGCUGAAGCUCUUAUGUCUUACAUGUCACUGGAAAAGAAUCGAAGCGGCCAUAUGAAAUUCAUUAAGGAGGGACUAUCUCGAAUGGAUGAGUUUGGUUUACAAAAGGAUCUCCUUUCGUACAACAGGCUUUUAGACCUAUUCCCAAAAGGCCGUUUCAAUAAUAAGUCUUUCUUUGAUACCCUGUGGCCCAAGCCUCAUCCGCAGAUAGACCUUGCAUUGGAAAUCCUCUCAAAAAUGGAAGACAAUGGCAUACGUCCUGACAAUGUGACUUACACCAUUCUUUGUGAGACCUUCAGUAGAAUCAGUCUACCUGUACAGAAGUGUGAACGAAUUGCCUUUUGGUUUGAUAAAUUUGAAGAUAUUGAUCCUUAUCGCAUUAAAGGAGACAUGCCUACUGAUUUAUACACACUCAGUAAGAUGGCGUUGCAGAGGAUUUCUGGAGAAGACUGUAAAGUAUGGAACAUAAAGGAAGCUGAGGGGGAAGGUGACACUGAUUCCUUUGUAAUAGCAGCUAGUAGCAAGAAACAGGUGACAUUUUUGAAAUCAAGUAGUUUCUCUGAAGAGACUGUACUACAUGUUGAUGGUCCUCAUUUAAUGUGGCUCCAGAAAAUGCCUCUCUUUUAUUAUUCUCUACGUUUGUUGCCUACAAGCACUAAUGAUAGUGAAAAUCCUGAUGGUAUAAUUCUUGGGGUAUGUUUAUGUCAACCUCCAACACAAGAGAGCUUAACACUGUGGAUACAGACACUUCAAGAGGAAUAUCCUCUUACAAAAGCUGCCACUGUUGUGUAUGAUGUGACAGUACUAAAUGAAGACUAUUAUUCUGAACUCAAAACUUUAAACAAGAGUAGUGCAUUAUUACCACAUCAACUAGAGUAACAUGCAUUUAUGUACACAAAAAAUACAACUUUUAGUCAUCAAUGUCACUUUCAUUUGGCAUAAUCCAUUGGCUUCUAGCAUUUGUUGAUGCUACAGUCUCAGAAGUGAAAA